GUAUGGCGUUUCUCUGAAGGUGUGGGGAUUGCAACGAACAAUGUUGCUGAAUAUCGAGGUGUGAUUCUGGGAAUGAAGCAAGCACUCAAAAAAGGGUUUAGAGACAUUAGUGUACAGGGGGAUUCUAAUCUUGUCUGUAUGCAGAUUCAGGGCAUAUGGAAGUUAAAAAACCAGAACAUAAUUGCUUUGGGAAACGAGGCGAAGGCGUUCAAGGACAAGUUCCGUACUUUUGAGAUCAGACAUAUUCUGAGGGAAUUCAAUUCUGAAGCUGAUGCACUAGCAAACCAGGCUGUUCAGCUCAGGGAUGGGCAAGUGCAAGAGGCUUUGAUCACCAAGUAGUUUGACACCAUUUGAGGUUGGAGUAAAUGGUCAAAAUUUCAGCUCCAGGCCAGGAAGGGGUAGGGAUAGAAAUGACUUCAGUGCAGCAACUUGUUUAUAUGUUUUUGCUUACCUUUUGGGCUUGUUGAAGCUAGAUAUCACAUUUCAGCUUCCAAUGUUGAUAAUUUAACCUGUUAGUAAUUGUAGUAAUUGAAAUGGACGGCUCUGAUGUAAGCUCCUUUAUGAUACCUUCAUUCUCAAAUCUCAACCUACCUUUUCGUUUCGGCUGUAUUACAGGAAUGGUCACUGAACUUUGGGG